CGUAGAUCCACUGAACAUGUCUAGUUAGUUCCAUAGACCGUAAAUGAAAAGCUAGAUCUCUUAACAGACGGCUGUGGGGUUGAUCCAAGCAGGAGCACUGAAGUCAGAUGGGCUUGGCCGAACAAUAACGCGUCAUUAACUACUUGUAUAUUCAUAAAUAAAUGCAGCUUUAUACAUUUCUCCAUCCGCGCUUCUGCUGAGGUCGCUUCUACGCUAUCUCCGUGUUCAGUAUGGCAGGCUAUGGAGAAGUGGACUGUUCCGUGAAUGCCCUGGCGCCCUCCAAGCUCAUAGAGGAAAUUGGAGAUGCUUGUGCUACAGACCCUUUCAAUCCCACCACCACCACCACCACCCCUGAGUGUGCCAUCUGCCUGCAGAGCUGCGUCCACCCUGUACGACUCCCAUGCCUCCAUGUCUUCUGUUUCCUGUGUGUGAAAGGUGCCUCCUGGCAGAGCAAGCGCUGUGCUCUCUGCCGACAGGAAGUUCCAGAGGACUUCCUGGAGCGGCCGGUUCUCCUCUUGCCUGAAGAACUGAAAGCAGCAGCUGCAGGGGUGAGCCGGAGUGGAGGGACCCGUGGCGGUUCCCGUGGAGACUAUGCAUGGUACUAUGAGGGACGCAACGGCUGGUGGCAGUAUGAUGAAAGGACCAGCCGUGAACUGGAGGAGGCCUUCGCAAAAGGCAGGAAGAGCACAGAGAUGCUGAUUGCAGGGUUUCUUUAUGUGGCCGACAUGGAGAACAUGGUGCAAUAUCGCCGCAAUGAGCAUGGCCGAAGACGCAAGAUAAAGCGGGACAUUGUAGAUAUCCCCAAGAAGGGUGUCGCAGGACUGAGGUUAGACCCUGAACCUGCCCCCGUUUCUUCUGUACCGGUUGUCACCCCAGCUGCAACAGAACGUGUCAGCUCAGCUGAUGGAUCAGACACUGAUGGCCAAUCGCAGUCUUCAUUCUUUGGGAUAAUGGCAUCUCUUCCCCCUGUUAGACCUCCAAUACUCCUGGGACGCCAUCUUACAAUCCCCCGUCCUCCCUCCCCCUUAAGUGUGGAGGAGUCUUUCUCUCAGCUCCUAAUCAGCCAGCCGGAGGGUGAAGUGGUGGAAGGAGAAGAAGAGAUACAGACGUAUGAGUAUGCAUCCGGCAGCAGUGAGAGUGAGGAGGAAAGGCCGUGCGAGAGAGGGAGAGCAGAAACGAUGCCACAGAUCAGACACAGGCUAAGAGAGAGCCAGCUGGCUAGGAUGCCUCCAAGAGGCGGGCCCUCCAGCUCUGCACUCAGUCGCCGCUCACAUAGUCCAGAUGGUCAGUGCACUGUGACAGAAGUGUGACUGCAACUGGACUGUGGGAUCUGUUCUACAGAUGAGUGCUUGAACUUGUAUCAGGUCUGCAAAAAAGUUUGAAACCCGGUAUGCAUCUUUCAUGGUCCCAUGAAAUGAAAAAUACAUUUGUGUUAUCUGUA